AUGCAUGAUCUAGGAAACUUUCGAAGUCUCGAACUUGCAUUCAAAGCAGCCAAGGCUUGUAUUGAGCACGGCCUUACCGACCUAAGUCAGAAUAUCAUAGAAUCAGCUGCUACACGAUUAGACCUGAUGGAGGCAUCUAAAGCCGAGACCGACAUGGUGAGGCUUGAAGAUUUUACCACUGAAUAUUAUAUGUUACGCAUAUAUCUGGCCUGGACACAGGAACGGCCAGACAUCGCAGACCAUUUGUUCUCGAAGGCUCCAGAAACGAAGACCACAGAGCAACAAAAGGUGAUUGUGGACACAUGCUACAGUAUUGGAGAAGCAGAACUGCGAAAAUGCCAGUAUGACACAGCGGCAACAUGGUUGGGCAGAGCGUUGGCAGUGUGUGAGUUAUGGCCGGGGGACUGGCAAGGAUUGAGGGAUAAGAAGCUGUUGGUUUUUCAUGCUUAUGCACGUUCUAAUCUUCACCUUACUACGGCAACCGCUGAGAGUCAGCUUCGAAGAGCUCUAAACUUUCUGAGAACCGAGCAUGGAAAUUCCUUCCCUAUUUUAAUCUUCUCCCUUGAAGUAUUCAACAAAAAGGGCGAGUUCAAUGAGGAGUACUUUGAAACACUCAAAAAUUCUAUUAAGGAAAUGGAGAAUGAUGAUGCAAGCGUAAAAAUAGUCUACCACUACAUCACGGAGAUCGGAAACUCGAGUCUAGAACACUAUUUCGGAGCCUGUGAGCAGCUUCUGGAUAAAUUAGCCUCCCUUAAUAUAGAUUCCAAAGAUCAGUGGAUGGAGAAGAUUUUCGUCUCCUUCAUAUGGGUCCUGACCAACACCACCUCCAACGAGGACCAUUCCCCUGUUCAUGCUGAAGCGGCAGCUCAAAUAUUGACAGAUUGCGGCUUGGACAAGCCAAGUGAAAACACAACUCAAGCUUCUCUGAUUCUCAUCUGGAAGUAUAUCGACACAAUGUUAUCAAAAGGAUCUACCUUCAUUGCCGAACAAUGGUGCCGAUUUAUUCUGAAGCAUUCAAUAUUCCAAAAGACCCCGGAUGUGGAAGCCAAGUAUUUUCGAAAAUUGGCCCUCUGUGUCUUGGAGAAGUAUAACCCUUCUACAGCACAGCAAAUAUUUGGUGAGAUACCAGAAGUCUGCAAGCAUUGUCCACUCACCCUGUAUCUGAUGUACAGGUUGGCUCUGCUCACUGGGAACCCGUCACUGUCCACUACCUACAUCCAAUCACUCUGCAAAAGUGGAGCGGAUUCUACAUAUAUCUGGUCAUGUGUAGGAGAUGCACUACAACUAGGCAAAACGGAUACAGCGAUCCAAUCCCUUCAGGGUGUCAUGGUCACCUCAGACGGCCGUGGCUUUGAGAGAUUGCAGAUUCCUCGAAUUCUACAGUGGGUGAUAUGUACAGCUCACGAGAGGAGCGCAACCAACUGCGAAGACUUGCUGGGGCAUGUAACUUCUUUACUAGAAUCUGCAUUGAUUGCUGCCACUGCUGGAAACCCAUUCUCUUCCGUUGAACUACGCUGGUUUGCUUGCAAAAGCUACGGUAUUGCCCUUGAGCUAUACAAACAGUCUUCUAUACAGAUUGUUCUCCAAUUAUUAUAUCUUUCCACCAGGUUUAUGGAGCUCGAGCAGAAGAAAACAGAAGGAGUGUCGGGUACCGAUCCCAUACAGCAUUAUCUGAAGUGCACUUUCCUGCGAUCUAUAGUUUUAGUUAUUGAAGCUCGAAGAGAAAAGGCUUACGCCAAAAAGGAGCACCAUUACAGGGAAGCCAGUGAAGCGAUUAAACAAUGCAAAAUCCAUAUCCAAUCUCUAGGUAUUACCUCAAUAUCCAACAUAAACCCACCGCACCCAUGGGUAGACAAGUACCGCAUCAUACUCUCCUUGGACUUCGAAGCCACCGUCUUCCUCCGCCAAUGGGAAGACCUGGCAAAGAUAAUCGAAGCAUCGAAACCCGUCGUCGAAGUAAAACUCAGCUCGGUCUUCCUUGACUGUCUCCUCCGAUCUGGAGCCCCUUCAUCAUACUUAUCACAGUUUGUCAAGAAAAUGAUCCGCACAUUCCACAGCUCUUCAUCUCAGUCCCUAACCACCAAAUCAACCGAUGGUCUCAACACCCACCUCCCUCGCCACCUCCGCUGCCUAUUCUCUCUCUCUAUUCAUGCCGAAGAAUACAUCCUCGCCGAGUCCGUCCUCGACCAAGCCCUCAUUCUGGCCCGCGAUAGUCCCAAUUCUACUCGCAGUACAAGCACUCCAUACCCAAAAGACGAACUCCAGUGGCUGGCAACUACCGCGUUCAAUCGAGCGGUAGAGUUCUUCCUUGUCUCUGCGGAUGAGGAGUGUCGUCGAUGGGCUGGGAAGGCUAUUGCGCUGGCAGAUUCGAUUUCAGGCGAUGACGGUGGUGAGUUGGGAAGGCUUCUUAGGCGGAAUCUUGCGAGGCUUCAGCAGCCUGUUUGA